AUGUCUUACCUGGUGCUUUCCAGCCAUAUCAAUGAGUGUGCAUCUUUUGAUGGAAACAUCUGUGUCAACGGAGAGUGCAUGAACUUGCCGGGAACUUUCAAGUGCAUGUGUGAUAUGGGAUAUGAGUUGGACAAGAGUGGUGGCAACUGUACAGAUCAGGAUGAGUGUGCUCUGAAGGAAAAGUGUCUGAAUGGAAUGUGUACCAACUUCCCUGGAGGCUACGCCUGCGACUGUCCUCACAACUUUGUCUCCAACAGUGCUGGCACCGGGUGUGUUGAUCCCAGGAAAGGUCAUUGCUACUCUGAUUACCAGGAACAGGGAGACCUGGAUAUCUGUACCCAUGAGGUGGCAACAGACAUUUCCCGGGCUACCUGCUGCUGCAGUCUGGGACAAGCCUGGGGCGACCCGUGUGAACCCUGCCCUCCCAUUAACUCAACUGAACGCACUACACUGUGUCCUGGCGGCCCUGGCUUUAAACCCAAUAACAUCACUGUCAUCUUGGAAGAUAUUAAUGAGUGUGUGGAGUUGGUGGGUCUGUGUCAGGGUGGCAUGUGUAUCAACACGUUUGGAAGCUUUAGCUGUGAGUGUCCACAUGGCUUCACAUUGGACAGAGACUCCCGCACCUGCAAUGACAUUGAUGAGUGUCUGAUUGACCCGACGGUUUGUGGAGCAGGCACAUGUCUGAACACAAUCGGCAUGUACACCUGUGUCUGCCCUAGUGGUCACAUGGCCAUCGACGGUGGUCUCAGCUGCACGGACAUGAGGGAGAGUUUCUGCUAUGCCAUGGUGAGGGAAGGGCAGUGCCAGAACGCCACCAGCUUUAACCUGACAGAGCGGAGCUGCUGCUGCUCUGUGGGGGCCGGCUGGGGGGAGACCUGUAUAACCUGCCCUGUGGAGGGGACAGAUGCCUUCACUCAAUUGUGUGGUUCUGACGUGGUGGUAGGAGAGUACUCUCCAAGCAGAGGUAGGGUUUUGGGGUAUUUUUAGCGUGUUUUUAGGCUUUUUUAUCGGGGUUUCU